UUAAAAGUAAAACCCCUCCCUCCAAGUAUAACCAAACAUUCCAACAUUCUCUCUAUCUGCUCUCUUCACUACCUAUUACGGAGAAUAUACUUUUUAUUGCCUUCUUUCUCAUAAUAAUACUCCAUUAUUAAUUACAACCUUAAUUAACCUAGUACUCCACUUCUUCUCUUCACAAAUGGAAGAAAUUGCGGCUUUCGGCGUUCCCAAGAUUCGCGGCGGCGUCCCCUCCAACCGGAAGGUUGCGACCAAGGACGCCGCCUCGGCUUGGGAGUCCUCUGGGGGUACCAAGAUGAGGUACCGAGGCGUCCGCCGCCGCCCGUGGGGCCGUUACGCGGCCGAGAUACGGGACCCGCUCUCAAAGGAGAGGAGGUGGCUCGGGACCUUCGACACCGCGGAGGAAGCCGCCUGCGCUUACGACUGCGCCGCCAGAGCCAUGCGCGGCACCAAGGCCAGGACCAACUUCGUCUACCCGCCGCCGCUCCUUGCCGCCGGCGCCGAGUUCUUCGGCCUCCCUCUCUCCGCCAACCGCGCUAAAGUAUUCCCCUCCGGCCCCGGGCCCCACCAGAUGAUUUCUCUCAAGGAUUUGCCCACCAAGCAAUUCUUUCAGUCAACUUUUUCGAACAACCAUUCCUCAACCAGAAAGGUAGUCAACAAAUCUCUGAACACUCUUCUCUGCUCAUCGGCGUCCGCCGCCGCCCCUAGCUUCAACCCCUGUUUCUCCGGCGGCGCCGCCGUGGGCCGUACGCUGUCCAAUGGCUCGGAGGUCAAAAGUGGCGGCGGGAAAGGAAUGGAAUUCUUCCCGACGGAGUCCUCGGACUCCGGGCUGCUGGAAGAGGUGCUAAACGGGUUCUACCCAAAGCCCGCACCCGCAAAACACGACCCGUCACCGGCCACUGAUCACGAGAAACAUGACAAUGCUAACAACUUUGGGAGUUUUGAAGGGCAGUUUGGGCAUUCAAGCACUGGGUUUGAUGACGAUUUGCAGCCGGCGCCGCCGUCGUUGCAGUUCCAUAAUGACUUCCCGGCGGCGAGCUUUCAGUUCCCGCCGGAAACAAUGUGGGGAGACGUGGUUUACCCGUACCCGGAGCCUGCUUCGUUGAGUGUGUUUAAUUAUUGCUUAUAAUAAGUGUUAAAAAAAAUUAAUUACUCCAACCAGUGGGUAGUGAACUAAUGAUCUUUUUUUUUUCCAUUUUUGAAAAAUGGACUAAUUAAUGGAGUCAUAAAAAGAACUUUACUAGGUAGAUUUUAAUGCAUUAUUAUUAACUGCAGUUAAUGUUUUAUGCAGGCAAACAACAUCAUGUUGUCUCUGCUUUAAGUUCAGUUUCGUCUUUUAUCUGAUGUUCAGGAAUACGAGUAUUAAGUAAAGCAUCCAAUCUGACAACUAUUUUGCUGUCUAAACCACUCAAAUAAAUCAAAGUGUAUUCU